UCUACCAGGUCUAAUUGGUACCUAAGGUUUGACACCGAAUUUCGUCACCAUCCUUUUCUCUACUAAGCUCGGUUCUCAUCUGUGCCAGGUAUUCGAAGUAAGAGCGAAACCAGACUCACACCAUUUUCUCUACUAAGAUCGGUUCUCAUCAAUUUCUAGCUGAUUUGCAACCGAUUAAACGAAUUUUUUCGAGUGAUGGAAGCCGCUGAAAAUGCAGAAGAAGCUGUUUCAACUGGAACUCCCAAGUUAGCUGGGUCUGUUAAUUGGGGAACAGCAACUGUCAUCGGGAUAUUUGCUGGUAUGUUAUACGGUGGCAGCAAGGAAGCAGCUGCUUCUGCUAGUAAGGAUGCUGAAGUGACACUGAAGCUUGGAAGUACCGCAGAUAAGCGUGAGCAGUAUCGGUUGAUGAGAGAUGCGAUGGAGAAGAGGUUUUAUCGAGUUACUCGUGGAUCCCUGGUUGGAGGAGUGCGCCUUGGGAUGUUCACUGCUGCAUUUUAUGGUCUACAGAAUCUGCUAGCUGAGGAACGAGGAGUCCAUGAUGUGUAUAACAUUGUUGCAGCUGGUUCAGCCACUGCUGCAACAUUUGGUCUGAUAAUGCCAGGAUCUCUUCUUUGGCGUGCCAGGAAUGUCAUGAUGGGUUCUGUUCUUGGGGCAGCCUUUUGUUUUCCUCUUGGUUGGGCCCAUUUGAAGCUAGUAGAAAAGGCAAAUGAGGAGAAGUUCACCCCUCAUCCUCAACUAAACGAGAAGGGAGAAGUCAAGACUGGUCUUGAAGUUGCCAUAGAAAGACUUGAAGGGAGUAUAAAAAAGUAGAUCUACGUUUUUUCAAUGCAACUAGCCAGCUAUCAUCUCAGCUCAUAAAUAUGCAAAACGAGGAAGCUUAUGUCAUGCUACCAUGUCAGGGAACACUAGAAAGAUACAUCCAAGUGAGAUUUUACCAAUUUUGAUGUAUUUGUGGAUUCUUGCGACUUUGACUCGCUAGUAUUAUUCACCGGUACCAAAGAAGUGAGUACUGUAUUUUACUCCAUAGUUUGAUACGUAGCCUUUUCCAUUCAGUUUCAUUGUAAUUGGCUUGAGGCAAAAAGGCAAAAUAUGCUCAAUAGUGAGUUUUUGUAGGCCUGCGGGCUUUUGUCUGAGGAAGCAAGAUUGGGUUGAUUUAGGUAAACCUAUGUUACUACAAAUGUUUCCCCUCUGUUACAACCUACACUGAUGAACAAAUACUAAGAAUAAAGCUGCCUUUACCUUUGGCAGAUGGAUAUGUAAUUGAUCUUUAUAUUGAGUUUUUGUUACAGAGUAUCUUGUUUUGUAGUGACGUGCACUAA